GAAUUUAUAACUUCAACCACACCAUUUUUAAAUUGCCCACCUUUCUCAAGCCACUCUUUCAAGUGAUCUCACUGUAAUAUCGACGAAUAUUUAAUUUGUUGAGGUCACAUCAAGCGCAAAGCUUUUGAUUAGCACGCCACAACAUCCAACACAAUGACAAUAACCCAUCGUAAAAAGCCGAUGGCCACCGCCGGAACAACUGGGGCAAGCGGUAGUGGAACAGAUGACAAGGAACCUCCCAAGUAUCAUUGCGAUGCUUGUAGUACUGAUGUCACCAACACUGUACGCAUUCGUUGUGCUGACAAGGAUUGUCCAGAUUUCGACUUGUGUGUUACAUGCUUUUGUUCUGGCGCAGAGCCAGUGAAGCAUAAAGCAUGGCACGAUUACCGUGUUGUUAAACCACACUCAUUCCCAAUUUUUUCUGAGGAAUGGGACGCCGAUGAAGAACUACUACUUAUUGAAGGAGCCGAAAAAAUGGGUAUGGGCAACUGGCAGGCCAUUGCCGAUUACGUUGGGACGAAAAACAAAGAAGAGUGCGAACGACAUUAUCUUGAUGUCUACGUCAAAAGCGCUUAUUGGCCAAUACCUGACAUGAGUGUUGAAUUCAACAUUUCCGAAGAUGAAUAUAGGCAACGAAAGCGCCAGCGCCUACAUGCCAUGUCUGGACGACCGCCGGCUGCACCAGCUCGAUCUCAAAAGCCAAUCACCAGUGGACCAACUUUUCAUGAAAUUCAAGGUUACAUGCCUCGAAGAUAUGAAUUCGAGACUGAACAAGAGAACGAAGCUGAAACAUUUGUCAAAGAUAUGGUGUUCAGUGAAGAUGAUACGCAAGAAGAAAUAGACCUCAAGGUCAUGGUUCUAGAUAUUUACAACUCAAGGCUGGACAAGCGGAUAGAAAAGAAAAAGUUUCUAUUGGAACGCGGUCUCCUUGACUACAAAAAGAAUCAAACUGCAGACAAGAAGAGGUCUCGAGAGGAGCGAGAAUUGUAUAACCGAACGCGAAUUUUUGCGCGACUGCAGACAAGUGGAGACUAUGAAAUGUUCGUGGACGGGUUAUUAAAGGAGCAAAGGUAUCGAGACCGCAUUGUACAGUUACAAGAAUGGAGAGAGAAUGGAAUCACAACCCUUAAAGCUGGUGAGCAAUACGAACGCGACAAAAUACAGCGUACCACGAAUCUUAAGGGCCUCAUAGCACGUGAGACGAUGCUUGCCAAUGAACGCAAUCAAGCGCGUAAUACUCUACGAGCUCAACUUGCCAUGCAAUACGGUCGAGAAACUUCACCAACAUCCAGAGCAAGCACUCCAAAGCUAUCUGGUACUCCAACCACAGCCGCUGGACGCAAACCGGCCAAUCCUCUGAACAUCAAAGAAGCGGAUGGAGUUCAUCUCUUAUCAGAAGACGAGCAACAACUUUGCAGUGCAUUGCGUAUCCUACCCCGUCCUUACCUAGUUAUCAAAGAUACCAUACUGAAAGAAUACGCCAAGCACGGAUUCUUACGACGAAGACAAGCUAGGGAGUUAAUCAAGAUCGAUGUUAAUAAGACAAGUCGUAUUUAUGACUUUUUUGUUGAGAAUGGAUGGAUCAAGGCCUUCAAAUCAGCAGACAAUUCAUCUAAUCAGCCAACAGCUUCUAUUACUGUAAGCUAAUACCACUUUGUACACGAAUCUAAAGGUUUAUUUGGCGACAUGGCAAGACUUUUGGCUGAUUUUCCGACUCAUCUUCACUCAAUUUGUAAUAAAGAAAUAAAAAUGUGUCAUCUACGAAUGAAACCAUAA